AUCAAAGCUUUAUUAUUAUGUCAAUACUGUAAAAAAGAAAAAACUGAAAAAUUAUUUUAGAAGAAGCUAACAUCCCCAUUGUCUAAAAUUGGAAGAUUCAAAGUGGAAUAUGGAACAAUAUUCAUGCAUGGAAUUUGAGAGAGGGAGAGAAAUCAGCAUAAAAUAUAAAUUUUGCAAGGGAAGAACUCAACAUAAACACAGUCUUGUGACAUCUUAUAGUAAGUACAUGCACAUGAGCAAUCAACACUUCAUAUUUCACAUUUACAUUACCAGUAAAUGGAAGUUGUCAUGGUGUCUCUAGGGAUGUUGUUACCAUGUUUACUAGGAUUAGGAAUAGUCUGGGUACAACAAGGGACCUGUCAUUCCGAGGAUCCCACCCCUGCUAUACUCGCAAAGCGUGUUGGGGACCAAAUAAUGAAACAUCAAGUUGCAUUCUUCCGAUGGCAUUAUGGUGGAGCAGUUCUAUUUGAAGGUCUUUUCCUAGCAAGUCAAGCUUUCAAUCUCAACUACACAGAUGUACUUGAUAAAGUCUUAGAUGAUUUUAAAACCAACAAGGCAUCUUAUGGUUAUAUGGUGGUCCAUAAUAUAACAGUUCCCUGGUUCAGGAAUAUUGGAGAUGAAAUUGGAUUGUUCCCCAUAGGGUACCUAAAUCGAGUACUGUCAGAAAGUGGUCGGGUUGAAAAGUAUGAUAACACCACUGAUUUUUAUAUCGCUACAGAAGUUGUGAGGAGAUACAUUCUUGGUUGGCCAUCUCAUCUUGAAGAUACAACAGUGUGCCGGGAAUAUGGCUGGCCAGAUAGGCAGGUUGGACCAUUCUUAUGGGCAGAUGAUAUGUAUAUGGGACUGACCCUAGCAGCAAGGAUAGGACGUGUAACCAAAGAUCCAAACCUCAUGGAUUGGGUUCUUAACCAGACCAUACUCUUCUCCAGUCACUUGCAGGAUCCCAUUGAUGGUUGUUUCAACCAUGGCUACAAUGCCAAGACAAACACGCGCUCAUGUUGUAAGUGGGGCCGUGGAAGUGGAUGGAUCCUAAUGGCCAGUUAUGAAGCACUUACAUUCAAAAAUCAACCAUGGGUGAAAGAAUUAGGUCUCCAUAAUGAUCCAAAAUUCGACAAAGUCCUAAGCAUUUUACGUUCACAUAUAAAAUGCAUAGUUGCUAACCAAUCCCCUGAUGGGCGCUGGCAUCAAGUUAUUAAUGAAACAUCAACAUAUCUUGAAACAUCUGGGAGUGCAAUGGCACUAUCAACACUAAUAAGGGCGUGUAUGUUUGGCUGGGUUGACUAUGCUACUUAUAAACAAAAUGUAGAACUGGGAUGGCAGGGUUUGCUCAAAACAGUAGCACCUGAUGGAACAGUGAGUGGUGUGUGCGUAGGAACAGGGAUAGAGUCAACUGUUGCAGACUAUGAGGCUAGGCCAACAAACUACCUCCUUGGUGGAGAUGGGGGACUAGGGAGCAUACUGUAUGCUAUAACAGAUUACCAAUAUUUCAAGAAGUCAGAACAGGAUGGAUCAAUGGGAAAAUGGACUUCUUAUCCACACAAAAUCUAAGGUUUGAUUGAUGAAGCAAACAGGACACAAAAGAACAAUAUCAGUUAGGCUACAAAGAUUUGCUGAACCUGUACAUACAUGUAUAGUUGUAUGAGUGUUUGGUGCUUCAAGAUUAAAGUCUGUACAUAUGUUGAAGGUUAUUAAACCAAUCAAAAGAUGAACAUUCAAUUGACAAUGUGUAAUUUUUUCCAGAAUUUUUCGAUAACUGGUUCAAUACAAGAGAAAAUGUCUAAUUUAGUUCACCAAAACAUAAUGAGAUCUUUCUAUAAAUUUUAUUACUGCUACUUAAAAAUAAAUUUUCUUUGUCAAGGGAAGAAGUCAACAUUUUUUGAUAAAGGGAAAAAGAGUUAUUCCCAUCUUAUUUGGGGACAGUUGCAAGUUUCUGCAACUACAUGUAUUGGUCCAAAGACAUGGCAUGAAACUGGCAGAAAUAAUAAGAAACAUAAGAAAUGUAGGAGGAUCAUUUUCAUAAGGUUAAAGAGCAAUGGGAUUUGGAGUAUUUUUUUCAGAGUAUUGGGUUUCGGAGUAAUGGGUAGGGAUGCCACGGUUUCCUUAUAUUGACAGGACAGAACAACCCUCGUGUACUGAAGAUUUCGGUCCAUGAAUUAAGAAUAUACUUUUCCUCCUGUAUAUGACACUAUAACUUCCCUAAUGCAGGAUGAAUAUGAUCUAAACUAGUAUUUUCUUUCGUUUUUACAACUCAUCUGCUGGAUUACGUUCAUGCGUAAAUGCCAUCUA